AAAUAGCCCAAAAAUACACGAAACAAAGAAAAAGGAAACAGCAACCUCAAAAAGGAAAAACAAAAGGAAAAAAAAAAAAAAAAGAGAAAAACUAGAAACUUCACACAACAAAAACACUCGUGAUUUCAACAUCCGACCUCCGCCGAUGGAGUUCCGCCGGAAAAUUACUUUUCCGGCAUCUGAUUCCGAUUCCCCCCGCUACACUCAUAAUGCUCGCCUCUCCUUCCAUCGCCGUCACGUUUUUCACGAAAAGCAAUAACCGAAAGCUGCUGAUACCUCAUUUUACUCUCGGUGGAAGGAGAAAGAGAGAGAUUUUCUACUUCUUUUUUGUUUAAUUUUCUCGUCGAGUAAAUAUUAGUGUGGAUAUUUUGUUGUGAUGCUUUGGUGCUUGAUGAUCGGGUGUUGUGAAGCUGAAAUAAUGUUGAGAGGAGUUUGAGAUUGAAAUAAUUUUGUUUAGCCUUUCGUUUGCCGGAAUUGAAAGUUUUGGAGGAAUAUUUUGUAAAAUUUUGUGAGUGGAGCAGUUUUUUUGAGUGACAGAGGAUUAUUAGGUCUAACAGUAGAGGCUUGGUUUUGAGAAAUCCAACUUCUCCGAUGAGAAUCCAGCCGAUCGAUUCGAUCCCGAGCGACGCCGUCAAGCCGCCGGUGCUUAAGUCUCGGCUCAAGCGGCUUUUUGACCGUCCGUUCAACGGCGUCCUGCGGAUUUCAUCCGCUGAGAAGCCGGUCGCCGGAGGAGACAAAGAUGGCGGUGGCGCCGCCGAGUUCGAGCCGAGCUCGGUCUGUUUGGAUAAAAUGGUUCAGAAUUUCAUGGAGGAUAACAACGAGAAGCCUUCCUCCGCCGCCGCGAAAUGCGCCCGCAACCGCUGCAAUUGCUUCAACGGCAACAGCAACGAUAGCUCCGAUGACGAGCUCGAUUUCUUCUCCGAUUCGAUUUCCGCUAAUUCUUCCUUCGGCGACCCCUCCGAUACUCUCAGGAGUUUGACGCCGUGCGCGACUGUGGCGGAGAGAAAUCUAUUGGCAGACACUUCGAAAAUCGUCGAAAAAAACAACAAAACUUACAAAAGAAAAGACGAUUUGAGGAAAAUAGUCACCGAUGAUCUAAUCUCUCUUGGUUAUAACGCCUCUCUUUGCAAAUCCAAAUGGGAUAAAUCUCCCUCUAUUCCAUCUGGCGAGUAUGAAUACAUAGAUGUGGUGGUGGAAGGCGAGAGAGUGAUAAUCGACGUGGAUUUCCGAUCGGAGUUCGAGAUCGCCCGAUCAACCAGUAGUUACAAGGCGGUGCUGCAGAACUUGCCCUACAUUUUCGUCGGAAAAACCGACCGGCUGAUUCAGAUCGUCGCGAUCGCGUCGGAGGCGGCGCGGCAGAGCCUGAAGAAGAAAGGGAUGCACAUCGCGCCGUGGCGGAAAGCCGAUUACAUGAAAUCGAAAUGGCUCAGCCCUCACGCCCGCCUCACGCCGCCCAAAACCGACACCUGCGAGGAGGCCCGGCCCGAUGAUCGCGAGGUGUUGGAGUGCGAGGGCGGAGAAUUAGACCUGAUCUUCGGUGAGGAUAUGACGGAGGAGACCUUGUCGCCACCGGCCAAGGAAGCUCCGCCGCCGGCGACGUGGCAGCUGCCGGCGGUGAAGCCGAAGAGUUUAGAGAGAGGGAAUAAAAUGGUGGUCACCGGAUUAGCUUCUCUCCUCAAAGAGAAAUUCUAAUGAAGAGAAAUUUUGUUGUCACCUAGAAUUAUCUAACUUCUUUUUUUCUUUUCUUUUUUGGAUUUACAAAAUUUCAAAUAUAAAAAUCUUCGUAUAUAUAUAUAUAUAUAUGUAAGCUCGGACUUCUCUCUCCCUUCUUUUUUAUGCAGAAGGGCUAUGUAAAAAAAAUCCCAAAAAAGGCCAUUUUGUAAUAAACCGAAAAAUAGAAAUUAAGUACUAUUACUAUAA